AUGCCAAGGGUUCCUUCUAACGGGAGCAGGCAGUUGCAAGUAUGCGCGCAGCAGCAAGGCGGCGGCAGCAGUAGCAGCAGCAGCAGGGUGGACGACAUGCUCCAUCUGCUGGAAAGAUGGACCCUGGAUGAAGACAGUGCAAAGUAUGCCAAAGUGCUGCGUGUGCAGCGAGAACUGGAAGAUGACUUGCAGGCCGCACAACAACAGCUUGCCGCUUUAAAGGCGGGACAUGACGAGAUCAGGGCGAUGCAUGCGCAGGCACAGGUGGAGAGGAUGAAGGCGGAGGUGGAGAGGGUGAAGGCGGAGGUGGAGAGGGUGAAGCGCCAUGUUCAGCGAGUGAAGGAGAUGGAGGACCUGUUCAAGAAACGCAUCAAUGACAAGAAAGGCGAGAUCCGCAAUGCACGGCAUGAAAGAUGGAGGACAGAACUGACAGGACCCGGCAACGGAGAAGCGGUUGCAGCGGCGGAGACGAAGGUGAAAGAGAAAGAGCGGGAAUUGGCCGUGCUUGAGGAACAAAAGAAGAUAUGGCGCAAGCAGAUGGAGGAGGAGAGGAAGAACGGAGAGGAAGAGAGGAAGAAGUGGCAGCAACAGCAGCAGCAACACAAAGUGUGGGUGCGCGCGUUGACGACAUUGCUGCAGGCGGCAGGUGAGCCGCUGCCACACACCACAAGUGCCGAGCACCUGUGGACUGUGGUGUCGCAGGUGGUGGACGACGCCCUGGCGACAGCGUGGGAGGCCGGCCUUGUGCCCGCUGCUGGCCCGCCCCGACUGGCCACUAUCACUUUAUCUGCUCUCCAAGCUAUCGAGAAGCGCGUUGCGGAGAAGAAGAUCAGCUCACCUGCCGCGAUCAGAGACGCGCACAACACGUUUGCUUGUAUCGUCGUUGCCUUUGUCACUGCUACUGCCACUGUAAUUAUCGCUGCCUUUGUCACUGUGUCGCAGUUACUGUCGUUGGCAUUUGCAUUGAAUUCUUUCUUCACGACGCCACCCAGCAGCAUCACCAAGCCCGAGAAGAACCCGUAUCUCGUCUACUGGCCGGACAAUGCCCAGUUCUUCACCGACAUAUGGCGAGAGCCACUCGCAAAACAGUUUGAGCUGAAGGCUGAUGACAUCACGCCGCAAGCAGUGAUUGCAAAGAUUCACGAAAUACCAGUGCUGGAGGUGUCCAGCAGCCGUGGGCCCCGCCCCAGGGGGCGCCAAGUGACGCUUGGCCUGCGACAAGGUCUGCCUUUGCCAAAAGCACUGCCAACAGGAUGGUCCAAUGAAGCGGAGAUGUGCACCGAUAUCGCCGAGCACCUUCGCGCCACGGCUGCGCACCUCGACCCCGGUGUCACGUUCCCGAGUGAGGUCCCAAUCAUGACGUUCAAGCCAGGCACCCGCCCCAAAACAGACAUUGUGAUGGUGGACCGUCACACAAACACAAUAGCGGCCGUGUUUGAGCUCAAGCUAGGCGAGGAUGCUGAUUCGCUUGGCCAGUUGGCAGCGUACGCACACCACGCGAUUGUGGCGAACGUGCUUUGCAUUGCAGGCGAGCACGUGCCUCUGGAGGAGCUGCCCCUGCUCGCUGGGCUGGCGAUGUUUGGGCUGCGUGUCAGCCCGGUGCAGACCACCGUUGUUGAGUUUAUGGUGGCCAACGCCGGUGGAGUGGUGAAGGUGGUUGCCCACAACAUCAUCUCCAUGCCGACGAAGAACAUUGGGCAGGCUGCUCUGGCCAUUUCCUGCUUUGCGGACUUCCUGCACGCGAAGUACGCCCACGCCAUCAAGCAGAACACCAAGCAUGGCAGCGACUUUGCGCUGAAUGUCAUGAAGCCCCAUGUGCUGCACUUCAACCCCGACAGCGGCAAAGCAGAGGCACCGAAAGUGCUCAGUUCCGUCGCCAACAAAGGGAGCGGAUACGUGUGCAAGUUCAUCAAGACUGGGCACCGUGCUGGCGACUUGUGUGCUGAAGAGAUUGAGAACAUGUGGAAGUACGUCAACGGGCAACGCGCUUGCAGUCGCAUCCCCGCCACCAACAGCACCGCCACCACCAACAGCAAGAGCAGCACCACGAACACCACCAGCAGCAACAUCAUCAGCAGCAGUGGCAACGACACGCAGAUGAUUGCGGUGCCCCACCUCGGGUCGACCCGCGCUCACAUUCACGAACAGCACGUGGUGCAGCUCUGCAACAGCUUGUUUCUCCUGUCAGCGGCUGGUCUCGUUCACCAUGACAUUCGCUGCGCCAACGUGGUCGUGAGCGGCGACAAAGCCUCUCUUAUCGACUUCGAACUGGCUGGCUGUGACGCCGAUGUCAUGGAGGCAGCGGAACUCGAGCCGGCUGAGGUUGCUCUUCGCACGGACCUGCCUGAGCGGGCACCGCAGAUGGCACACAGGGCAACCAAGGACGCCAUGCUGGCCGCGUUGGAACAGCUCGAGCAGCAGCAGCAGCAGCAGCAGGGGAAGGGGAAGCAAGGGGAGAAGGAGAAGCAGCAGGGUCAUGUCGUGCUGGUCGGGAUGAACCCGACGCUGCCGCAGUCGUGUGAUUUGCUGGGCCGCAUCAAGAAGGUCAUCAAGGACAUCCCGCUGUACGACUGA